CGCUGCCUCGCUUCCAUCGACGACUCGUACUCUCCUUCCCCCUCCCACAAAUCGAAACAAAACUCCUACAAGCAGCACUCCUGCCGUCCUGCACGGGCAACUACUACAAAGCAGCAGCAAAAGAUCGAUAUCGAAGCUCGGCCGGCGCAGCGAUGGAGGUCAAGUGCCGGCGCCUGGAGGGGAAGGUGGCCGUCGUGACGGCGUCCACGCAGGGGAUCGGCCUCGCCAUCGCCGAGCGCCUUGGCCUGGAGGGCGCCGCCGUCGUCAUCUCCUCCCGGAAGCAGAAGAACGUGGACGAGGCGGUGGAGGGGCUCAAGGCAAAGGGGAUCACCGCGGUCGGGGCCGUCUGCCACGUCUCCAACGCCCAGCAGCGCAAGGACCUCAUCGACACGGCCGUCAAGAACUUUGGACACAUUGAUAUUCUUGUCUCGAAUGCUGCUGCAAAUCCUACCGUAGAUAGCAUACUUGAAAUGAAAGAGGCUGUUCUCGAUAAACUGUGGGAUAUUAACGUCAAGGCUUCUAUUCUUCUUCUUCAGGAAGCUGCUCCCCAUCUACGAAAGGGAUCAUCUGUGAUUAUUAUUUCUUCAAUUACUGGUUACAAUCCAGAACAAGGAUUGACAAUGUACGGUGUUACAAAGACUGCUCUCUUUGGUCUCACAAAGGCUCUUGCUGGUGAGAUGGGACCCAAUACUCGUGUUAACUGUAUAGCCCCAGGUUUUGUUCCUACACGGUUUGCUAGUUUCCUCACAACUAAUGAGACCAUUAGGAAAGAGCUUACUGACAAGACCGCGCUUAAGAGAUUGGGCUCUGUGGAAGACAUGGCUGCGGCUGCUGCAUUCCUGGCCUCCGACGAUGCAUCAUUCAUUACAGCCGAAACCAUUGUUGUUGCUGGAGGGAUGCAGUCUAGAUUGUAAAUCUGGCUGAAGCUUAUAUUUGGCAUGGCCAAUAAUCUGUACUAGUACCCCGUGCCACUAGGCCAGUGCAUUUAGAUGUUAUGGCAACUACUAUAUACUGUAAUAAUUGGCUGUGAAAAGCUCCAUGUUGUGCUAAGAUUGGUCCUCCCUCGGCAUGUUUGCUUCAGCUUA